AUGGAAUUGUCACGUUGCUGGUGGUUGACGACCAAGGUUUUUGGCCUCCAACAACUCCAGUGGUUGCAGAAGUUCCCAGGUGCUUGCGACGAGUAUACCGGCAGUGCAGCACUCAACAGCUGUGGCCAGCAGAGCUGGAGUUCUGCGAUGCAGAUCCUGGAGAUGAUCCAAGAAUGGAGAGCCAGGCUCGAUUUGGUGAGCUGCAGUGCUGCCAUCAAUGCCUGCGCAAAGUCGGCACAGUGGCUCCGCAGCACUUUGCUUUGGCAAGACAUGGAGGAGACCAAUGAGUUUUGCUUCAGCGCGACCGUGAAAGCCUACGAGAAGGAGGGCUGGCAAGAUGCCAUGACAAUGGUGGCAGACUCGAGGCGACACACUCGCGACACGAGCGGAAGAUUUCACAUCAUGGUGGAGGCACAGAGUGGACGAGACGUGAGGUUACCCAUGGUGUUUAGUGUCCAGACACACGAGGGCUACACCAGCGGACAAAAAGAUAUUGAUGUGCUGGUUUUGCAGCCUUCUGGUGAGGCCAUCUUCGACUCACGACUGCCAAAAAAGACGACUGUUUGGGAAUUGCAGAAGCGUAUCUCGCUGCAAGAGUCCAUCAGCUGCCCCAACAAGUUGACACUUCUACUUGGAAGCCAGGUUCUACAACCGAGCCUCAAGCUCCAGGAGCUUCAAUUGGAUGGGCCACUUUGUUUGGUCCGAAAGGCCCACCGGAGCUUCCAGAGCUUCGUCCCAAGCCAGGAGGAGUUCCACGGGAUGAAGUUGCAAAAGUGCAUCAUUCUCGGCGAAGCCUUUUCAGGCAAGACGCAGUUCCUCCGCGCGCUGGCGGGGGACACCUUCAAUGAGGAUCCACCAACAAGUUGUGGCCUCGACUUCCGAGUCCUCCAUGUUGCCAGCCAAGGAGAUCCAGUUGAUCGGAAAGUAAAGAUAAAGAUUUGGAGCGCUCGUCAAAUGGAACGAUUGCCAGAUGCUUUCAAGACCACCUUCUUCGACGAUGCUGAAGGUUACUUUGCGGUGUUUAGUUUGGCCAACAGGAAGACGUUUUCCAAAAUCCGGGAGCUGGUCAGUCACUUCAGAAAAGCUGUGCCAUCUUUGCAAGCUCAGCGAUGUGCCUUGCUCAUCGGCACGCACGAGGAUGUGAAUCGCAACCGGCGCCAGGUCUCAGAGGAAGAAGCCAUCCGCUUAGCCACUGAGCUGGAUUGUGCAUAUCAGGAGGUCUCGAGCAAGACAAGGAAUGGCAUAGAUGAAGCACUCCGAACUUGGCUGGACCUCUACUACGACACGUACGAGGAGGUUGGUUAUCCGAUCCUCCCGAAUGAAGCAGAUCAUGGGCCUGCAGCAUGA